AUGGCUUCUAUUCGACCCGGGCCUCUCAUUGGCUCAAGUUUCGCCGUUGGGCUAGCUCCUGCGGCCGCCGGAUGUGUCAGUCGCGUGGCAGAGGUACCGGCCGGGGUCCCUGAAGGAUGGCCCAAAUUUCUCCCCCAGUGCAUGGCUUGGUCUGGUGGCCAGUUCACGGAUCAAUCGGACUUCAUCCAUACUCUAAGUGAAGCUGAGAAACAGGAAGCCGAUGGUGCCCUACAGACUUUCAAAGCCUUGGAACUCGACGGGGAUUGUGUCUCCAGAGACAACUUUCCCCUUCCUACUCUAGGACCUCGAUUGGAUCGAAUUCGCCGAGAUGUCCAUCAAGGCAAGGGCUUUGGUGUCAUUCGUGGUCUAGACACAAAGAAGUACUCACCCGAAGAUCUGACCGUAUUGUAUCUUGGCAUCCAGUCGUACAUUGCCAAUCGCCACGGUCGUCAAGAUCGAAAAGGCAACAUGCUGGUUCAUAUUGUCGCCGACAACUCAUCCAAGCUCAAGGCUGGUCAUCAUCGUCAUUCCACCUCCCCCAUUAACUUCCACAAUGAGGAAGCAGGUGAUGUUGUCAGCUGGCUCACACGUAGUACUGCCGCUUCAGGCGGCAAAUGCAUUAUCGCUUCGGUCUACACUGUCUACAAUGUUCUCGCCGCCAGUCGCCCUGACAUGAUCCGCACACUCUCUCGUUCUGACUGGCCAUUCGCCCUGCCCCGUUUUCAGUGUCGACCGGUCCUCUUUCAUCAUGAGGGGAGAGUGAUGAUGAACUUUGGUCGAGUAGCUCUCACAGGAAAUGCGGUUCACCCACGUCCCGCCAACCUCCCUGCCGUUACCCCACGCCAGAUGGAGGCAUUGGACUCCAUCGAGAAUAUCGCCAAGGCAACACAGCUGGAGAUCAGUACACAGGCAGGCGACAUUCAUUUCAUCAACAAUCUGACGGUUUUGCAUCGUCGAGAAGGUUUCGUCAACGGUGAAGGAGCUCAAGAGCGUCGACAUUUGGUGCGCGUGAGACUUCGCGACGAUGAGCUGGGAUGGAGUCUUCCUGCAGACCUCAAGGAAGAGUGGGACGCCGCUUUCAACAAGGAAGCGCCCAAGAUUUGGCACAUCGAGCCCAUGCCCGACGGCUUCUUCCCCCUCCGAUCUCAGGCCAACUAA